CACUGCAUGCUCUUCACAGCACUCUCAAGUCAGGAGUUGUGUCUGACAUCGAGAACCGGUACGAGACGAGGCCUUUAAAAUUUUGUGACAUUUAUAUAUCUAGAUUGUUUUAAAUUAUAUUAGCAAGAAAAUGGCCGAAGAAGGUGAAACAGAGCAGAUCCAGGCUGUCGACGACAAUGAUGAGCCAGAUAUCACCCCUGGUUACAAACCACCUGCACAAAAGACCCUUGAUGAGAUCACGCAAUUAGAUCAAGAUGAUGAAAGUUUGAACAAGUACAAAAAAGCACUUCUUGCUGGUGCUGAAAAUGUAGAGGAUGAUGGAGGCCCAAAUGUGAAAGUAAAAGCGAUGGUUUUUCAGGUCGAAGGCAGAGAGGAAAUCAGACUAGAUUUAACAGGAGACUUGACCAAGUUAAAGGAUAAGCCUAUCACAAUCAAGGAAGGAAUACAGUAUCGACUGGCAAUCAUAUUCAGGGUCCAGCGUGAGAUUGUGCCGGGAUUAAGGUACUUUUGUCAAAUAUACAGAAAAGGUAUCAGAGUCGAUAAAUCAAGUUUAAUGGUUGGGAGCUACGGACCAAAGAAUGAUCCUCAUGAAUACCAAACACCGGUUGAGGAUGCCCCAUCUGGUAUGAUUUCAAGAGGGCACUAUACAGUCAAGAGCAAGUUCACCGAUGAUGACAAAACCAGCAUUUUGGAGUGGGAAUGGUCCUUCGAUAUAAAGAAGGACUGGUAGCUAUGUUGAAGAGAAAACAAAUACAAUAUUAACAGCAACAACAAAAGUUAUGUUUCAAAACAAAUAUCAGAUGGAUGGAAAUCUGUUAAACUCUUUUGGAGGUGCCUAAUGUGAGUGUAACAUGGAGGUUUUCCGAAAGUUUUUUUUUUUUUUUUUUAAUAGUCCAUGAAUUUGUUGGCCCACUUUCUUUCAUUGGCUUCAAAUGGAGAUCUGUUGAGUGAUAACGAUCCACGAAGCUUCAUAUAUGUCGUCCAUGUUCUGUUUUCGUAUAUACUUUGCUCUUAUAUCAAAGUUGCAUCGUUUUUGCAAUGGUGUUGCACUGGUGUACAUAGAACCUCCCAUUAUUGCGUGUAGCAUACCACCUUCUAUUUAGAUCUAGAAUUCAUGAAACCUAGAUGAAUUAAUUGAUCAAACCAAAACAAUACUGGGAUAUGAUAACCUACUUGAUGAGAUUGAUCUUACAUUAGGCACAUUCCAUUAACCUCCAGCUCCUGUGGUUCCUGAACAAAAAAACAAGAUGCAGAUUUCCACUCUUUCUUUUUUUUUUGGAUCACUUUUUUGUAUAUCAUGUACUAGUAGAUGUAUUGGAGAUUAUGCAAUUAAUAGAUGUAGUAAUUACAUAUAAAAGAAAGCAGCGGUCGUAUGCAUGUGCUGAACAAUUGACCAACUGUAGUAUAUUUUAUUUCUUCUUCUUUUGAAAGGAAACGAGUGGCUGAUGUUUGCAUGGAUAUAAUCUGUUUGAUCAGGUGUGAAAAUUAUGUAUUGAUGGUAAAUAUGAAUAUGAAAAUAUUCACAUCAAUGAUGCCCUACAAAGUCGCACAAUAUUUUGUGUAAAAUAUUUUUAGUAAAUAGUUAUAGAUGGAUUUUUUUUUGGCUCUUUAAUACAUGUAUUUAUUAACUUUUAUAUGAAAAGUUUGAUUUCUCAAAAGUGAAUUAAGAUAUGGGGGUUCUGUUUUGAAUAUAAUCUGUUACUUAAUGUUAAUUUUUUCAUGUUUUGUCAUUUAUAAAUUGAUGACACCCUUCCUCCCAUUAACUACCCUGACAUUGCCAAAUUCUUUAUAUAUUUUGUUUAUAACUUGGUGAAAACAGUUUUGAAAACAUCCAAAUGCUCCAGUCAACCAAUCUUGAUUUCUUUCUUUCUUCACUAAAGAACAAUAACGAAUUGAAUAUUCCCGCCACGAUAUUUGCUUGAUGCCUUCCCGACUACAAGUGAAUCUAUUUUGAAUGAUAUUGUUUAUUUUUAGGUUAUUAUAUACAUAGAAAGCGAUUGAAGGAUGUUCGUUCAUAUUUUCACCUCAUAUAGAAAUUGCUGGGAUGGUGGAGGGCCCCUUUAAAAUAUAUGCUACGAAAUACAGUUCUGAUAUUGAUAUUUCAUAUUAUCCCCUCAAAGGGUUCCACUUUCUACAUGUAGAUCAUCUGCAUAUAUCAUCAUGAAAUCUUUGUUUAACCCUCUCUCAGCCAAUAUCAUUCAGCAUGAUAAUUGUUACUCUUUAUCAAUGUUUGUUUGAGUGGCUUUUUUUUACUUUUUACAAUAUCUCAAUGUCACCACUGUCUCAAUGUUUGUGUAAUGAAUACUUUUAUUAUUGAUUUGUACAAUUUUUAUAAAAAAUUUAAAAGUGAUUUGAAUUGUUAAUGGUGUCUUCCAUGUAAAACUGUCUUUUAGCAUACAUGGAAACUGAAUCCUACAUUCAGUUUGGAGGGUGAGUGCACUUAGAAUGAUUCUAAAUGUUAAUACAUCUUCAGGUUUAUGUUUUGCUUUAUUUUUUAAGGAUGUAAGUGCUGAAUAGUGUUAUCGAUUCAAAUAGUUGUUUUUACACCUGAUACAGAUAAAGUGAAUGGAUUUGUGUGUAUAGUAUCAAGAGCUGACAUUUUAUAUUAACCGAAGUCGCUUCUUUAUGUUGUCACGAAUAUUGCCUCACUGAAAAUAAUGUUGAAGUUAAAUCAUGCAUACAGAAGUCAUUUAGGCUGCAGUGCACACAGUGUAGCUAAAAGAGUAGCAAGGGCAGAGUACUUCUUAUAUAAAUCAGUCUUCAAGGAUUCUUAUUGUGGGUAGGUUUUUUUUUUCUUUCAUCUGAUGAAUUCCUGAAUUCCUUCAGGCUUCAGUGAUCACAGGAUCACCCAAGUCAAUGGGCGAAAGUAUGGUACGUAAUUUACAUUCUUGCAAAGUUUCCAAGACAACUUCUUGGAGGAUAACUUCUCAAGGAGCUGUUCUCUGGAUUGUUAUCCUCCAGGACAGCAUAGUCUCAGUGCUUUUCCUUGGGGAAUUUGUCAUUGGACAGUAUUCCUGAGGGGAGACUUGCUCUCAAGGAGCUCUCCUGUGGGUAGUUCAAGUUGUCCUCUCAGGCAACAUGCUUCAGGGUCUUUUCCUUGGGGAAUUUGACAUUUGGUCAGGUGCCCUUGGGGGAGACCCACCCUCAAGGACAUGUCCUUGUGAUGGUUGUCCCCCAAGGCUGCAUGUUUAGAGGACUUCUAUGUUAAAAUCAUAUCUAUGGUUGUUGUCUUCAUAAGGCUGUUGUCCUGUAACAUCUUCCAAGUAACCAUUGGUUUCAGUUUUAGAAUCCAUAUCCAUGUUCUGCUAGUCAUCUGUUAAACGUUAUAUUAGAUAAAGCCGUCAUUGUUUCCAGUCUUUGUGCAUUAAUGAUACAUGUAUUAGUAUGCUAAUGCAAACCCGCCUCGGUGACAAGUGUACAAAUGUGUAUGAACUUACAUAGCAAGCCAUCAAUUGCCUUACUUUCCAUCUUCUUUCAUUUUGAAAUUGAAAUCAGACUGAUGUGUGAUUUUGUAAAUGUUUUGAACUUUCUGUACACAAACUGUGUACAGUGUUUACAAAUUGGUUACCGUGUGUAUGUUUGUAUUUGGGCAUUUCUCAAGCAAACCUCUUUGUUCAAUUUUUCCUUAGUUAUGCACAAUAACAAUGUUUCCUCUUAAAAAACACAAUCAAUAUACUGCAGCUCAGUUUAUGUUAUACAUGAAAUAUAUUGGAUUUAAUCCUCAAGAUUUAUAUACAUAUAGUUUGCUCGGAGUUUAAUCCUCAAAGGGUUUAUAUAGUUCACAUAGGUAAAACAUACGUUUUGCGGUGAAAAUUGAUUCAUCUAUGUUGAUUAUUCUACUAUUGUGUACAUAUGUCUCAAUGUUUUUAUUCCAGAUAAAUCCCACUGGUUGGAAGUUGCAUCUGCCAUGUAAUGGUUGUUUGCAACAAACAUAGACAUAAACAUAGACGUUGCUGGUGUUGCUGCCCUUUUCAUGGGGUGUUAGCUUUACCAUUAUUUAUGGUUUUGCUAUAUUAAAAGCCAUACAAUAAAAAUGGACAGAUAAAGAAACAACAAGAAGGGGUUAUCACUAUUGAAAUAUCACCUAUGUUUCAGAAAUGCAUGUUACACUUGUUACUUGAUGUAUGUUCAUCAUGUACAUGAAUAUACAUAUAUCUACAUUGAAGAUUUAAAGAUAGCUUGUUUCGUUUAUCUCUGAAUUUGUGAUAUGAGUUCAUUACUUUUAUCUUGAGUAUUUUGGUAAUUACAACAUUCCUUCAUUUUUUUCUGGUGGUAUAUAUUUUAUCUCAUACUGUUAUUGAUUAGUUCAUGUUAUAUACCGUGCAAAAUGACUCUAGGUCGAUGUAUGUGGUCAAAUACAUGUUCAUGGAAAGUACAACUGACUACUAUAAUAGUGAAAACUUAUACUAGCAGUUAUCCAUUCAACAAGAAGAAAUGUGACAUGCACAUCCAUAUACAUGUACAGUAGCUGCGUGCAGCUAGUGGUACCAGCCAUGCUACAUGGGAAUCAGUAUUGAUUUAAACAUAUUUAAACAACAUGAUCUGACAUAAUUUCUCUCAUAAUAAAGUGGCUUGUAGUAAAAAAAAUCUUAAAUAGUUACUUCUUUUUUUUUGGGGGGGGGGGGGUUCACACUUAAAUUUGCUCUCAUUAAGGUCUAACCUAGUACUGUGCUUGGUCUUUGGUUUUAGAACUGUUGAGAGUUCAACUCUGGGCAAAUAGUUUUACCUGUUCCCCUUCUGAGCAGUCAUUAUGUUAUACUAAACCAAACUCAGAUUUGUCAAAAACCAUGUUCAUUUCCUGGAAGUGAUUUUGUUAAUUUUCUACUGAAUGACAAUGAAAACUAUAGCUCUAUAUAUUAUUAUUUUCAUCAUUGUAUAAUUCAGCAAUAAGCAUUUAAGGAGUAGAUUUUGUUUGCAUUUAUUGAUUAAUUAUCGGAAGCCUAUAUUUUUUUGUUAUUACAUGUAUGUUACUCAUUCAUGGGACAGUGUAGGGCUAUGUCUUCUAUUCAUAUAGAAUAUUUAGUGGUCAUUUAAAAGAUUGAAAACAUGUAUAUAUAUUAUUAUUAUGAAUAUGAAAAUGAGCAGCAAACAAUGCCGAAUGCCACAAUAUUGUCCUCUAUACUACAAAUGUAAGUUAAGUAUGUAAACGUGAUUAGCAUAUGCUCAAAGGUUGUAAUCAGAUCUGGGAAUGUUCCCAUUAGCACUUGUUAUUAUAGAUGUGUUUUUGUUAGUAUAAGGCUGUGCGCAGCCCCUCUCACACCCAUGCAUGAGGUGGAUGUAUGCAGAGGUAUUACAGAUAGAAGUGAUUUUUUAGUUGCAUCAUCAAGUGAUCAGUGGGGAGAGGCUUCUCAUUCAAGUAAUCAUGUAAACUAGGAUCCAUCAUGGCAUCAUGAGUCUGUAAACUGGCCAGAUAAUUAAAGAAAAAAAGUUAUCA